AUGAAGUUUGCUGCUCUCUCCUACGAAGAGAAGUCUUCAAUUGAAAACAUCCACUUUCUCUCUGCUAUUCCCACGAAAAAGGGGGCAAGUGGGAUGUCCUUGUUUCCUAAAAUCGUCGAAGAUUUCAAAAGGCUCAAAAACAGACUGGUGAUGUUCUCUGCCAAAGACAACAAAAACGUCUUAGUAGCAUCACCACUCCUUUGGAUUGAGGCAGAUACUUCAUGCCAUUCUGAACUAUGUGGUUUGCGCGCGCCAACAAGUAUGUACCCAUGCUGCAAAUGUUAUGUCCGUUUACAAAGAUCCAUGCCCAAUCUCAAAAGCUCUUCGUAUUAUACUGGUAGACACACAGCAAGAACAAAGGCACACUAUCUUACUGCUGCGUCUACCUCGGGACGUGGAUCGACUAUUCCAGAUGUUUCUUCGACUGGAAAUGCUCUGACAGCAAGUGAUCUAUGCUUCGCAAUUAGGGCAACAGAUGCAUUGUUGGAACUACAGUCAUUCGAUCCAUCAAUAGAUACUCCAGUUGAAGCUCUGCAUAACAUACUUCUUGGAGUUGCUAAGUAUCUAGUCAAUGAUUUGGUAAAGGUUGUACUAAAGAAAAAUCCUAACCAAAUGGCUAGAUUGUCCAAAGCCCUCAAGGAUUAUGAAAACUCUCAAGGAAUGUCAAGAAAGUUCACUCGAGAGUUACGACACUAUGGCUCAUUCCUUGGGAGGUAUUACAAAGUUCUUCUGCAAAUUCUACCCGCUAUCUUAGUUACAGAAUUUGCAAAUGAUAGUAUACUCUCUCUCAUAACUCCAUCUUUUGUCCGUCUUGGCUGUCUUUGCUCCUUGGUGUUUGUUAGAGCAGUAAGAUUUGGAACUGCUCUACACUAUGAGACCAAAAAAGAUGAGCAGUUUAACAAACACAUCCGUGAACACCUAAUGCAUAUCAAUAGGUUAAACACCUCAAGAGAUAUAUGUCUCAAGUUCGCCAAGCAAUCUGCAAUGAAACAUAUCAUUGAUGGUGGUUCAUGGGUGAGCAAAGACAAAAUGAGAGAGAAGUAUGGUAAUUCCACGGCAGAAUUUCUUAAAGAAAACUUUAACGACAAUGUUAAGAAUAUCCUGUUUGGUAGAUCAAGAGACUUUGCUGAUAAUAACGACACUGAUGACAUUAUAGCAAAAGCACUCUGUGACAAUACCUUUGCAGUGUUCAUGCUCAAGGAGAGUAGAGACCAACAUGUCCGUUCAUUUAUUGGAAAGGUCUCCUCUUUGAGAGUAGAAUACUAUCGAGUUGAGAGUAGUCCCCAUGCUCAAGUUAACAACUACCUCCUCGCGCAAAGGGUUUCCAAUGAUGCAUCUACUCCACUCAAUCAGCUGAAGAUUGUAUGUAAGCUUGAUAUGCACACAGAAUUUAACCACAAGCUUGUCAUGAAUCUCAGUAAAUUUGGCUCCUACUGGUUCUUUGUUUCCUUGUUUUCGAAUCGACAAUAUUGA